UGUUUACUUAGUCUUCUCUUUAUUGAUAUUGUCAUCAUAUUUGCUUUUCUACUGAGAAUUGUGUAAUGUCUUCUAAAUUUAGUGAAAUUUCUUUGUUUUGUCUGGGUUGGAAACAAUGAUUGGCAGGAUUAUAAUUGCACCGUAGAGUUCUUUGUAUCUCCUUUCUUGGUUCAAGAAUGGGAAAUGGCGGACAAAAAUGGAUCGAAGAAGGAAACCCUUCGGCUAGAUAUGGUCGAGAGGUCUUCUGCUCUAUACAAAAGUGCAGAUAUCAUUAUCUUCAACACGGGCCAUUGGUGGACUCAUGAGAAGACUUCCUUAGGGAAGGACUAUUAUCAAGAAGGUAGCCAUGUGUACAGUGAACUCAAUGUUCUUGAGGCGUUUCGGAAAGCUUUAACAACAUGGGCAAGAUGGGUUGAUGCCAAUAUAAAUCCUAUGAGAACUUCUGUUUUCUUCAGGGGAUAUUCUGCUUCUCAUUUCAGCGGUGGACAGUGGAACUCUGGUGGGCAAUGCGAUAGCGAAACUGAGCCAAUUAAAAAUGAGACAUAUCUCAGGCAAUAUCCACCCAAGAUGACAGUGUUGGAGAGGGUCUUGAAAGGGAUGAAAACUCAUGUCUCUUAUCUGAACAUCACAUCCUUGACUGAUUAUCGGAAGGAUGGCCACCCUUCAAUUUACAGGAAGCAAAAUUUGUCCGAGGAAGAGAAAACAUCGCCAUUACGGUUCCAGGACUGCAGUCAUUGGUGCCUUCCUGGUGUGCCUGAUGCGUGGAAUGAGCUUCUCUACGCGGAGCUCUUAGUCAGACAAUACCCGAAGCAGCAAAAACAGAAAAGAGCAUAGGUAAAGAAAUGCAUAGGAGGAGCCUGUGUUUACUGAAAUGCUGAGGUCAUAGAUAUGUGCGUUAUGUUUUUUGUUUAUCUUUUCCCCUUGGGAAUAUACAAGAAACAAGUACCUGGAGAAGCUCCAUGAAAGAUUAUUUUCUUAGUAUAUACAAGUAUAAAUCAUGAGAGAGAGAGAGAGAGUGGAGAUAGAGGAAUGUCCAGCUAAUAAUAUAUAUUUUCAUG